AAAUCCCUGACAUGCUUAUUUUGUUCAUAAGAUAAUCUGGUGGGUGUAACUGGAAAAAUGUUUUGACGUUUGCCUCUCUUUAAAAGUACGAGUCAAAGUCACCACAUUAGGGACUGUCCAGUUCAUCUGCACUUACCUGAACCAACCAUGACUUUCUCUGACGCUGAGAAGGCUGCCAUCACCUCUAUCUGGGGCAAGGUUGCCGGCCAUACUGAUGAAAUUGGAGCAGAGGCUCUGGAAAGGCUCUUCCUGAGCUUCCCCCAGACCAAAACCUACUUCAGCCACUUCAACCUGAGCCAUGGUUCCAGUGAUCUGAGCAGCCACGGAGGAAAGGUUCUGAGUGCCAUUGGUAAUGCUGCUGGCCACCUGGAUGACCUGGACCAUGCUCUGUCCUCCCUCAGUGACCUGCAUGCCCAGAAGCUCAGGGUUGACCCUGGUAACUUCAGGCUGCUGUCCCACUCCAUCCAGGUGACUCUGGCUGUCCACUUCCCCAAUGAAUUCAACGCUGUUGCUCAGGCUGCCUGGGACAAGUUCCUGUCCGCUGUGUCCUCCGUCCUGGUGUCCAAGUACAGAUAAACGGAUCCCCUUGUGAUAACUGGUUGUAAAAAAUGACUUUGCCAGAUUUUUAAUAAAGCUCAU